AUGACUGGAGGGAGACGCAUACGAAUGAAAUUAGAAAGAUCCGGAAGAAAUUAUGAUGAUGUAACAGAUAUUUAUGGAGCCAUAGGAGAAUCAUUCCGGAUUACAUAUCGUUCUAUUAAUGCAUCCAAUGUGAGAAUGUUUAUAACACGUGUUUACCCCGUCUUCAUUCUCCUACUUUCCUUUAACAAAGAGUACAAAAAAUACAAAACAGCAAAAAGGGAAGGUAACAGUGCUGAGUGGCGAUAA